UGCUUCACUGACCACAUGUUGACCAUAGAGUGGAGUGAGACUGAGGGCUGGCAGGCUCCGCUCAUCAAGCCCUUUGAGAACCUGUCGCUCCAUCCAGCCUGUUCGUCACUGCACUACGCCAUCCAGCUGUUUGAGGGGUUAAAGGCGUACCGCGGUGAUGACAACCGGCUGCGCAUCUUUCGGCCGAUGCUCAAUAUGCAACGCAUGACCAACUCCGCCAAAAGAGCCUGUCUGCCUGCUUUUGACCAGUCAGAGUUGCUGGAGUGCAUCAGGCGACUGGUAGAGAUUGAGCAGGACUGGGUCCCUCACUCCAGCAAGGCCAGUCUGUACAUUAGACCAACAUUUAUCAGCACUGAGCCGACUCUUGGUCUAAAGAAGCCGACCCGUGCCUUGCUGUAUGUGAUCUUGUCUACUGGUCGCCCCUACUUCAACAAUGGGGGAAAGGCCGUCUCCUUGUGGGCUGACCCAAAGUACACAAGGGCCUGGAUUGGAGGAACCGGAGACUGCAAGAUGGGAGGGAACUACGGGGGCAGCCUGCUUGCCCAGUAUGAAGCAGUGGAUAAUGGGUGUGACCAGGUGCUGUGGCUGUACGGAGAGGACCACAAGAUCACUGAGGCAGGAACCAUGAACAUCUUUCUGCACUGGAUCAAUGAGGACGGGGAGGAGGAGCUUUCAACUCCGCCUCUUGAUGGCCUCAUCCUCCCAGGCGUAACCCGACAGAGCAUCCUGGACAAAACCAGGAAAUGGGAUGAGUUUAAGGUGACGGAGCGCUACCUGACCAUGGCUCAGUUCUGCUCGGCCCUGAAGCAGCAGAGGGUCAAAGAAGUGUUUGGCUCCGGCACUGCCUGCAUGAUCUGCCCUGUAGGACACGUUCUUUACCAGGGAGAGAACCUGCACAUCCCCAAUCAGGAUAAAAGCUCACUGUUGACUUCACGCUUAACGAAGGAACUGGAAGAUAUACAGUAUGGCCGGACAGCCAGUGACUGGACUCUCCUGGUGUAG